GUUAUCGACUUCCAUCAGACUAUGGAAGUAAAUGGUAUUCGCUUUUGGUGUUAUACUGCUGGUCAUGUACUUGGUGCUGCCAUGUUUAUGGUUGAUAUUGCUGGUGUUCGAGUUCUCUAUACGGGAGACUACUCCCGUGAAGAAGACAGGCAUCUCCGCGCGGCUGAGACCCCACAAUUUUCUCCAGAUAUUUGCAUUAUAGAAUCAACUUAUGGUGUUCAACUCCAUAUGCCACGUCAGAUAAGAGAGAAGCUUUUCACGGAUGUGAUACAUUCAACACUCAUGCAAGGGGGUCGGGUGCUGAUUCCUGCUUUCGCCUUGGGACGUGCACAGGAACUUCUCCUUAUCCUGGAUGAGUAUUGGUCUAACCAUCCUGAACUAGCUAAUUUCCCCAUAUAUUAUGCUUCUCCACUUGCAAGAAGGUGCAUGGCUGUAUAUCAGACAUACAUCAAUGCCAUGAAUGAGAGGAUCCGCAAUCAAUUUGACAGUUCUAAUCCCUUUAAUUUCAAGCAUAUAUCUUCCCUGAACAGUAUUGAAGAUUUUAUAGACAACAAGCCAUGUGUGGUGAUGGCAAGUCCAGGUAGUCUUCAAAGUGGUUUGUCAAGGCAACUGUUCGAUAAAUGGUGCUCUGACAAGAAAAAUGCUUGUGUUAUACCUGGGUAUGUAGUGGAAGGGACCUUGGCGAAGACUAUCAUCAAUGAGCCGAAGGAGGUCACCCUCACAAAUGGCUUGUCUGCUCCACUUAAUAUGCAGGUGCAUUAUAUAUCAUUCUCAGCUCAUGCGGAUUAUGCUCAGACAAGUACUUUCUUGAAAGAACUUAUGCCUCCCAACAUAAUUCUAGUCCAUGGAGAGGCUAAUGAGAUGGGAAGGCUCAAGCAGAAACUUACCUCCCUCUUUGCCGAUGGGAAUACUAAAAUUAUUACUCCCAAGAACUGUCAGUCAGUUGAAAUGUACUUCAACUCUGAGAAAAUGGCGAAAACUAUUGGAAAGCUGGCUGAAAAAACCCCGGAAGUGGGCGAAAUUGUCAGUGGUUUACUUGUGAAGAAAGGUUUCACUUACCAGAUCAUGGCACCUGAUGAUCUCCAUGUCUUUUCUCAGCUAUCCACUGCAAAUAUCACACAGAGAAUUACUAUCCCAUAUUCAGGCGCUUUUGCUGUUAUACAACACAGGCUUAAGCAGAUCUAUGAAAGUGUGGAGUCCUCAACAGAUGAGGAAUCUGGUGUCCCAACCUUACGGGUGCAUGAGCGAGUGACGGUGAAGCAGGAGUCAGAGAAUCAUCUCUCCCUUCAUUGGCCAGCAGAUCCAAUUAGUGACAUGGUAUCUGACUCCAUUGUGGCAUUGGUUCUGAAUGCUGGCAGGGAGAUGCCUAAAGUAUCAAUUGAGUCGGAAACUUCCAUUAACGAGCAGGAAGAUGCAAAGAAAGCUGAGAAAAUAGUCCAUGCACUCCUGAUUUCUCUGUUUGGUGACGUGAAAUUUGGGGAAGAUGGUAAGCUGGUAAUCAAUGUUGAUGGGAGUGUGGCUCAUCUUAACAAACAAACUGGUGACGUUGAAUGUGAAAAUGAAGGUCUGAAGGAGAGAGUUAGGACUGCAUACCGGCGAAUUAGAAGUGCUGUGAAGCCAAUACCGCUUUCUGUGUCUUAGCCUCUUCUACUUUUUGCUUACCGUGUUAGAGUUUGUAUGCAAGAAGUAUGUUGUUUAUUUUCAGCUUCAUAGGCAGGAAGCAAAAUUUAUUCUAAAUCCCCAGUCUUUUCAGUAAUUCUAUCUUUCCCUCUAAUUUGUUUGAUCUGAAAAUUCUUCUGUUUCAAGUUCUAGAUAUUGGUGUUAUGCAGUUGGGUAA